CGUGGAUUAAUUGUAAAAUCUAUUCGAUCGUUUCAAUUACAAGUCUUUUUGCUUGAAAAUUUACCUCUCCCUAUGAUGCAGGAGACAAGAAAUUUAAAAUUUACCCUUCCGGGAGAUAAAAGAUUUAAAAUUUACCCUCCACCAAACAAAGUAGUUGAAAAGGAAGAAAAUAAUUUUAUAAGUAAAAUUAGUAAUAUCGAAUUUGAAGAUAGUAGUCAGAUUAGUAUAGAUGAUUAA